UGCAUUCUCCUUUAAGCAAACAAGUCAGAGAGAGACAGAAGACAGUAAAAGGUGGUACCGGGAGAGUGUAGCUGGCUGUUUUGAUGUUUUCUUUUUCCAUCUAGGAGGACAGACUCAUUUCCAUAAAAGAAUUCCUGCCAACUUCGACCCUGUAAAGAUGUCUGGAAACCAAAACAACACAAAUUGUUCUGUUGAAAGCAAUAGUUUGAUUUUAAUUCUGGUUCCAGCCUACAUCCUGGUCAUCAGUGUGCUUGGAAUUGUCUUUAAUGUGUUUGUGCUGAUGGUUUUCUGCCUCCACAAGAAGGCCUGCACUGUGGCUGAGAUCUAUUUGAGCAACCUGGCUGGUGCUGACCUUGUUCUGGUGUGUUGUUUGCCCUUCUGGGCUGAAUAUGUACGAAAUAACUAUAACUGGCUUUUCAGUGAAAGCCUGUGCAAGCUUGUACCAGCUGUUAUCAGCAUGAAUGCAUUCUGCAGCAUCUACUUCCUUGUUCUGGUUAGCAUAGACCGCUACGUAGCACUGGUGCACCCGCUUUCCCAUGAAAGAAUACGUAGGCCAUUUUACGCCAAACUGGGAUGCCUGGUUGUGUGGGGUCUUGGCUUGGUCUUCGCUCUCCCUGCAUUCAUCUACAGAAAGUUAAGAUUUGAGCCUUGGUCAAAUGGUACUCUGUUAUGUGAUGUUGACUACACAGGCAAUCAGUACCUGGUGUCUGAGGUGAUGACCAUUAUGUUCAGCUUCAUCAUCCCUGUUUCAAUUGUUUCCUUCUGCACUGUUAGCAUUAUUCAAGCACUGAGAAACCGGGUAAUGGGAGGUUUAAACAGUCAGAGAAUGGAGCAGAAGGCCAACACUCUCAUCUUGCUAGUUCUCCUCGCAUUCCUGAUCUGCUGGGUGCCAUUCCACGUGAGCAAGAUAAUGGAUGUGCUCGAAAACGUUGGCAUUCUGAGUUGUCAGAUCAUACUGAUCAUCUUCCAACAGGUCUCCACAUACUUAGCCUUCUUCAACAGUGUCCUUAACCCCAUUCUCUAUGUCAUUGCUGGGGAAAACUUCAGAAGAAGAGCAAAGGAACUUGUCAAGCAAUGGAACAAUAAGACAACAGAAACAUUCAGCCUCAUGUCAACACGCACACGUCUGACAACUGUGAAGCUGGGAAAGCCUCGAGCUGAUCUGUGAUUUUUUUGAGUUUUGAUGUGUGUUUUGAUGAGUUUCUGUAACAAAUUGAGCAGUUAUUCACCCAAACAUAAUAAUUUUUUCUUGUUAUGUAAUCUGAAUAUAUAGGGUUUUUUAACAUUAUUUAUGUAACACACUUGCUCCAGUAAGUGAUAUGCAGACAUAAUAUGUAUUUAUUUCACAGAUGUGACUACUUGAUGUAGUACUGUUUGAGCACACUAAGUGUUUCUCCAGCUGGAACAUAAUUUAUGGAUUUAGUUAAGAGAAGUAAGGGUACUUGGUGACUCAGAAGUGGCAUGUUUUUAUUCUACUUUUCCUACAGAGGCCCUAUUAUGCUUUUUCUUAUUUUCAGUCAUAUACAGUAUGUACCAGUAUAGUAGUGGAUACUCAUAUUAAAUCUCACCAAAGUUUCAAAUACUGAAGUGAACAUAUUUGAAAGUAACACUGGAGCAUUUAGAGUUUUGAGUGUACAUAAUGUCAGUGAGAGUGAUUUCCUUGAUGUUGUUCAUACACAGGAUGUAACCGGGGACUUUACCAAGGCCAGCGUAAGAUAAAUAAGAAUUCCUUUGGACUGUGACAAAACUGCUUCAGUUAAAGUCCAAGAAUAAAAAUGAAGCUGGACAGAAACCAAAAACAUGCCUUUUACCAUCUUGGGCUUUGUUUCAAGUUUCUUGAGAAUCUGAUAUAAAAUAACUAUAAAAUAAA